GAUAUGCCCUUUGCCGCCACCACAUCGACGGGUGGCGUUGCAUUAUUCCCUCCCUUUCCAGCCGCCGACCAACGCACGCCGCCAUGGACGCCGUCGCGUUCCCGCCGCCCCCCGCGCCCUUCCCCGACGACGACUUCGAUUUCGGCGACUUCACCUUCGCCUCCGCGCCGCAGCCGCCCCUCGCUGAUCCCCGGCCGGCCGCCUUCGCGGCCUUCGACGACGACUGGGGCGAUUUCGUGGCGAGCCCGCUCGGAUCCAAGGCGGACGCCUCCCCGCCGCCCACCCUUCCGACGGCCACCUCCUCCUGGGAGAAGCCACGGGGCCCGCUUCCUCUCUCCCUGUUCGGCGCCGACGACGACCAGGAGGAUGGGCGGGAGGAGGAAGGAUCGGUCGAGCCGCCGCCGCAGCCGGCCACAGCACACCAGCGCGCCGCGUGCUUCGCCACCGACGGAUCGAGGCCAGCGGAUCUGAAGGACCUCAUCGCCGGCCUCUACGGAUCUCAGCCUCCCCCUGCCUCCGUCGCUGCGGAUGCGGGUCCGCAAGAGGAUGGCGAAGGGUUCGGAGACGAUGACUGGGAAUUCACCGCGGCGACGGCGGAACCUGCCGAUCAGGAUGGAGGUGCACGAGGGCCUGGGGAUGGGAUUGGAAUGAUUGAGGAUGUAACAAAAUCAGUGAGUAAUGACGAGGAAGACUGGUCAUCGUUUGCCAGUCUUGAUGAAAAAUUGAACCAUGUUCAUCAAACUACUGAUAAUAUUGGGACUCAAAAGUCCACAGGAGAAUGUGUAAAGGCUUCCAGUUGCUCUCCAGCUAAUAAUUCAGCCAUACUCAACCUCUACAAAGAAAGGGAAUUGGCUGACACUAUUCACAUUGCGCAGAGCUCUGCAGAAAGUUUGCAGAGUUCAUCUGAUUUGUUUUCUAAUAACAAAAUGAACUCUUCAUUUAAAACAGAUGAAAGCCAUUCCAGUGGAUCAACAAGUGAUUGCAAUUUGAUUGAAUUCUACCAUAGGCUGAGAGAAGAGUCCUUGACAGUAAUGUCCCAACAUGUGAAGGAUCUUAAGGAAGCACAGAAGGUUUCUACACCUUCUGAUGAAAACAGGAAAGCAACAGUGAUUGGAAGGGAGAUUCAGGAAAUAUAUGAUAAACUAAAAGAUUCUUCUCUGCCCAAAGGCUUCUGCGCAGAGGUAUAUCCUUCGCGGGAUGUAUAUAUCACAGAACUGAUUAACUGUAUCGAAGAGGAACAACUGAAGGAUUUUCAACAAGAGUAUUGUUUAGCAGAAAAGAUAGCACGGGCAAUGGAAGACACGAGUGUGGCAAUUGAACUUUACAAGCACAGUGUUUCCACCCUUCAUACAUUGGAACUAGCAUCCAAAGAGGAACAACGUGAUUAUGUUGGUGCAUGGUACCGUAUGCUUCUGCCCAGUGCCCAUGAACUGCAGCAUGGUGCAGCGCUUUGGCAAGAAUCCUAUCAUUCAAAUGUCUGCGACCAAGUGAUUUCUGAAGGUGGUGACUACUUUAUUGCUCUUGGGGAGAUAUAUAGAGUUGCACAAAUUUUAUAUUUAUCCUUGCAGUGUUUCAAGCCCUGGGUUCUUGCAGAUCCUGGAAUGUUGAGUAAAAUAAUGGCUUGUUUGGACAGAUGCAGUAAUGCUUGGACUAGUUGUUUAGAAACAGCUCUUAAAAGGGUCGUUGACAGUAAUCGCUUAGAUGCAUCUGUAGCUAAAGCACUUAUGGAGUCCAUCAACAAUAUUAAAGAACUUGAACUGCCCAGUCUACAAAAUGUUCUUCCCACCAACGAGAUGACAUGUAGACUAAGCCUCCUGCCACCCAGUGUUGUACCAGGAAUGAAGUUGAUCAUGUGGAAUGGACAUCACUAUUUUAUUAAAGUUGCAAAUUUCUGGGCAAACCAGAUAUCUUCUUACCCUCCCCAGCUGUCACACACACUCCAAUCUUCAAGGAACAAUGCGGCAACACUUGCCCAUCAUACUGAAUAACCUAUCAAACUAGUGACCUAAUCUGAUGGAAGCAUCAGAAGCUUUUGGAGUAAAAUUUGUUCAUGAAGUUGCCUUGCCAACCACAAGGCUGGAGGAUCGAUCCACUAUCGAGUCUAGGACUACGUUCCUGUACUGGUUAUUUUCUUGUACAAAUUGUAUUUUCUUUACACUAUUCUUUCCAUAGCGCCUGAUAAUGGCGCUAGCAUAGCAAGUUAAAAGGAUAUGCGGAGUUUCAGAUAUUGUUGUGUAAACAUUGUAAAGACUGGACUAAAGUGUGAGGCAACACAUUUAAAUGCUCAAGAAGCAAAACAAAUUUGUAGAAAUUGGAAAACAAAGAGAGGAAUUUGCGUGUUAAUUGUGAA